UAUAAGGGCUGCAGCGGGCGUGAGCACUUCCCUCCCGCACGACUCAUCCAGCCCGGAGCCCGGACGCCGCGCUGCUGGUAAGGCCGGGCGGGUGGCGCUGCAGGCUUCACCAUGGAGCAACUGAGCACAGCAAACACUCUUUUCGCCUUGGACCUGUUCCUGGCCUUGAAUGAAAAUAAUCCUACCGGAAACAUCUUCAUCUCGCCCUUCAGCAUUUCAUCUGCGAUGGGCAUGGUGUUCCUGGGAACCAGAGGCAAUACUGCAGCACAGCUCUCCAAGGCUUUUCAUUUUGAUAUGGUUGAGGACAUUCAUUCAAGAUUUCAGAGCCUGAAUGCAGAAAUGAACAAACAUGGAGCCUCCUAUAUCCUGAAACUUGCAAAUAGGUUAUAUGGAGAGAAAACCUACAACUUCCUCCCGAAAUUCUUGGCUUCAACUCAGGAAAAGUACGGCGCUGACUUGGCUGGUGUGGAUUUUCAAAAUGCCUCUGAGGAUGCAAGAAAGGCCAUAAACCAGUGGGUCAAAGGUCAAACAGAAGGGAAAAUUCCAGAACUGUUGGCUCCAGGUGUGGUUGAUAAUAUGACUAAACUCGUGCUAGUGAAUGCCAUCUACUUCAAGGGAAACUGGCAGGAGAAAUUCAUGAAAAAAUCCACAACCGAUGAACCGUUCAGACUGAAUAAGAAAGACACAAAAAUAGUGAAGAUGAUGUCUCAGAAGAAAAGAUUUCCAUAUGGCUACAUCCAGGAUCUUAAGUGUCGGGUGCUGGAACUGCCUUACCAAGGCCAGGAGCUCAGCAUGAUUAUUCUGCUGCCAGAUGAUAUUGAGGAUGAGUCCACAGGUCUGAAGAAGAUUGAGAAACAAUUGACUUUGGAAAAGCUGCAUGAGUGGACCAAGCCUGAGAAUCUGGAUACCAUUGAGGUCAACGUCAAAUUGCCCAGGUUUAAACUGGAAGAGAGCUACAUUCUCAACUCCGACCUCGCCCGCCUGGGUGUGCAGGAUCUCUUUAAUAGUAGCAAAGCUGAUCUAUCUGGCAUGUCAGGAGCUGGAGAUCUUUUUAUAUCAAAAAUUGUCCACAAGUCCUUUGUGGAAGUGAAUGAAGAGGGUACGGAGGCCUCAGCGGCCACAGCAGGAGCAAUCACCUUCUGCAUGUUGAUGUCAGAGGAAAAUUUCACGGCCGACCAUCCCUUCCUUUUCUUUAUUCGACACAACCCUACAGCUAGCAUUAUGUUCUUUGGCAGAUUUUCUUCCCCUUAGAUGAAAGACACUUUGGAAAUACAAGGUUAAGUUUAGAGCUUUAUUCCCUGAGAUUUUCGAUGGUGACAAUUUUCAUUUCUCCUUACCAAUAAAACUAUUGAGAAACAGAUCUUUAAUUUCAUUUGUUAAGGUCAGUCCUAUUGACUUUUUAUACCCAUGACAUGUUGACCUGGGUAUCUGUUCUUUUACAUUAAUGAAAAUCCACUGAUUGCUUUGGAGUGCAGCAAGUUUAAGAGGAAAAUAAAAAAGAAACACAUCAGAUGUGUAGAUAGAUUCUUGACAAUGUAAUAAUCUAGGCAAUUGCCACACUCUCCUAAUAGCCAUGGGAAAAUGUGACUUUUCCAAAUUCAAUCUGCAAUUUGAACAAAGAUAGAAAAAUAAGAACAUACGAAAUCAGUUUUAUUACAAGUGAAGUAAUAUAGCACUAUUUAAAUGAAUGAAUGGACCCACAAUAACGACUAGUUUCCUUUAUCUGUUGUGACAUGAAAACAUGUCAUUUAUUUGGAAGCCAUGCUAGACAACUCCCCUGAGCUGAAAGGAGGAAUAGAAAUAUAAGUGAAUACCCCAAUAAAGAGCCCAAGUUAUGAAGACUAACUUGCCUUCUCUCAUGUUUCUGUCCUUUUAUUCUGUAGAAUGAGUAUUCUGUUACAAGCCUUUAGUGUUUAAGCUCUUCAAUUAAAGGGCCAACUGGUCAUAAACUGCA